GAAAGUUACUCUAGAACAAUUAGAAAAAUAAAUAAAUAAAAAGGAAACGCACCGAGAGGGAGGGAGCAAAAAGGAUGGGAGGGAGAAGGGGAAGUAUAAUUACUGUGUAAAAGAGAGGAGUAGAGAGACAGGGGACCAAGAGCCAGUAAAAGAGACCAGCCCACUUCAACAAAACCAUUCAACUCCUGCACAGUGAGCAGUCCCAGACCUCUUACGAGCGCACUGCUUCCCUGGGGCACAUCCAGAAGCCGACUGCCCGUCCCAUACAAACUUCUCAAGGACCUGAAGAAGGAAAAACCCACCGUUCCUGCUUUUCCAUCAGCACCCUUACUAGAAAGGAUUACACUUUUUUCCUCACUUUUUCUAUUCCUUGUUAGCUCUUAUUUUCAGAAGGAACUUUUCAAGUAACUUUAAGGAUGCCCCAUCUCCCUUUACUAAGCGGGAUCCUCCUGCUGCUCAUCCAGACCUGCUCUCUCAGUGCCAUGGUCACCAAAGGGAGCCUGGCAACGUCCGAACAGGCAGCCUCCACGGACUGUCCGUCCUGCGCCCUGGCACGGCUUCGAAAGGAGGGCGAGGACGAGGGAGCCCAGCAAGAUGUGGUGGAGGCAGUGAAGAGACACAUACUCAACAUGCUGCACCUGCAAGAACGCCCCAACAUCACACACCCGGUGCCUCGCGCCGCACUUCUCAAUGCCAUCCGAAAGGUGCACGUGGGGCGGGUUGCCAAGGACGGGAGCGUCCUGAUUGAGGACGAGGCCAGCGGGCGCUCGGAGACCGAACAGUCGGAACAGACUGAAAUUAUCACUUUUGCCGAAGCCGGUGAAGCUCCGGGCUUCAUCAACUUUCUCAUCUCCAAGGAAGGUGGCGAGAUGUCUCUCGUGGAGCAAGCCAACGUCUGGAUCUUUCUUCGACUGCCGAAGGGCAACCGCACCCGCGCUAGCGUCACCAUUCGGCUGCUCCUGCAGCAGGGCACGGGGGAAAAGAUUCUGGCGGAGAAGUCCGUGGACACGCGCCGCAGCGGCUGGCACACGUUUUCAGUGUCGGCUACCGUGCAGGCAUUACUGCAGCAAGGAGGGAGCGCGCUGAGCUUGCGCGUCUCGUGUCCGCUGUGCGCCGAUGCGCGAGCCACCCCUGUGCUCGUGACUCCAGGAGGCGGCGAACGCGAGCAAUCUCACCGGCCGUUCCUCAUGGCAGUGGUCAGACAAAUGGAUGAGGUGACCCUUCGGAAACGUCGCAAAAGGGGCCUGGAAUGUGACGGCAAAGUGCACGUCUGCUGCAAGCGUCAGUUCUACGUAAACUUCAAGGACAUCGGCUGGAACGACUGGAUCAUCGCUCCGUCCGGAUAUCACGCCAACUACUGCGAAGGUGACUGUCCGAGCCACAUCGCGAGCAUUACCGGCAACUCGCUGUCUUUCCAUUCCACCGUCAUCAACCACUAUCGCAUGAGAGGGUAUAGUCCCUUCAACAACAUCAAGUCGUGUUGCGUGCCCACGCGCCUGCGGGCCAUGUCCAUGCUGUACUACAACGAGGAGCAGAAGAUUGUCAAAAAGGACAUCCAGAAUAUGAUUGUAGAAGAAUGCGGUUGUUCGUAAGACGACUAAGAGAAGAAGAAGGGUAGGGAAAGAGACAUAAAAGCAAGGUUGGGUGGAAGGGGCGAGAACUUUAGCCCCAUGACUCGAAGGGUAAGAAAAACGAGGGGAUGUAGAGGAAGGAGAUCUCACUGCCUCAAGACUAACUCAAGCUGACAGACCUCUCUUUCUCUCGACCACUCGUGCGUGGUCAUCUUAGAAAUUCAAUGGGUAUCUGUUACUCGGAGUAAUCUCUGUGGCACUUUUAAAAGAGAAAAGAAAAUAUAAUAUAUAUAUUUUUGUUACAAAGUAAAGGGAGCGAGGUCAGAGGGUAUUUAUGCGGCCUACUUUGCAGCGCGAACGGGAGCUGCGGAAAGAGAGAUCACGUAGAUGAGGUGCCUGAAAAAGAAAUCUCAAAACUAUGCAACUUGUCAAGUAUUAUGAUAUAUUUUUCAUCAAGGUGUUGUUUUCGUUUCUUAACUAUUUACUUUUACGAACUAAAAAAAAGAAAAAGUCGUCUUUUUCUACUUUGUACGUAUAUUUAAUGUGUGUCGUGUGUGUCCGUGUAUACAAAACGUGUGUGUAUGUACAGUGUGCUUUCGGGAGUAUUUGUGUACGUUUGUGUGCGUCGUUGAGAGAUACUUGAAAGAAGUUUGACGGGCUGCUGGAACCAAACAUUCCUCUAUAUUAUUAUUGUAAUUAUUCUGACUAUUGUUAAUAAUAAUGUUAUUAUUAUGUUAUGGUUUCUGUACAUUUUUGUUAUCUUAAAAAAAGAGACGUUAAAACGUUUACAAUUUUGCACUAUAUCGAAAUUUUGAUCAGCGUAGCCACAUAUACAAAUAGAAUAUAGAGGAUAAACAAGAAGCACUUCAAAGCAGACAUACGUACAUAGCAAAGCAUGAUUUCAACAGAUUGUUAUAAAUAAACAGGGACCGUAGAGAGAAUUAGCACUACACCACGUACACAUGCAUUUUAUGAUAUAGUAUUUGGGUUUUUAAUACAACACCAAAGAAUUUAGUUUAGUGUUGCCUACAUUAUCUCAGAAGAGUUCACUCAAUAGGUUGCAACGCUUUGCCCCCCUUACAAAGAUGUUCACACCUUUCAAUUAUUUUGUCAAGGUCCCACUGCAGCUCACUGCUUUGUGUGCUUUUGCACUGCUGCACGGUCCAUGCGCGACUGGACUGGACGUUUAAAUGGUUAAUACAGCACUUAAACCAACCUUUUUGAGUUUGAUUUUAACUGUGGAUUGUUGAAAAAGUGAAUGUGCAGCAUUGAUAUUUAAUGACUUUUGGUGUAAUUGGGAGAUGAAUUUAUGUUUAGAAAUGUUUCACCAAAUAUUAAAAGGAUCUUACACUGUAAAAAGUGAUUGGUAACACCUACAUUGUAUAAAGUU